GUGUGUGUGUGUGGACGGGCGGGGAGCUGGGGAGCGAGGCAACUUCCCCGUCGGGCAGCUGGAGCCUUAACUUGCCGGGGAAGGAAGCGCCACCGGAGGGGGGUGGUGGUGGGUUCCGGAUCCCACCCCUUCGAGCAUGGCGGGAGAGCCGGGAGGCGGCUGAGCGGCCACCCCUUCGGGCCGGGGAGGAGACGCCGAGAGAUGGCCCGCUGGAUCCCCACCAAGCGGGAGAAGUACGGCGUCGCCAUCUAUAAUUAUGAUGCCACCCAAGAUGUGGAACUCUCUUUGCAGGUGGGCGACACAGUUCACAUUCUGGAGAUGUAUGAGGACUGGUACAGAGGGUACAGUCUUCGAAAUAAAUCCAAAAAGGGCAUUUUCCCAUCAGCAUACAUCCAUUUGAAAGAAGCAACAGUGCAAGAUGGCGGACAGCAUGAGACCGUCAUUCCUAGCGAACUUCCCUUGGUCCAGGAACUCACCUCCACGCUCCGGGAAUGGGCUGUUAUUUGGCACAGACUCUAUGUGGAGAACAAGAAGACUCUUUUUCGCCAUGUGCAACAGAUGACCUACAGCCUUAUUGAGUGGCGGUCCCAGAUCCUCUCAGGCACCCUCCCCAAAGAUGAAUUGGCAGAGCUCAAGAAAAAAGUCACUGCCAAAAUAGACUAUGGCAACAGGAUUUUGGGACUAGAUUUGGUAGUACGAGAUGACAAUGGGAACAUCCUGGACCCAGAAGCCACCAGCAUGAUUGCCCUCUUUAAGGCACACGAGACAGCCUCCAAAAGAAUUGAUGAACGAAUCCAGGAAGAGAAGUCUCUUCAGCAAAACGUUGACCUGCGGAGGCAGUCAAUCUUCAACACAACCCACACAUACAGCCUCUAUGUUAAUUUCAAGAAUUUUGUCUGUAACAUUGGGGAGGAUGCAGAAUUGCUUAUGAGCCUCUACGAUCCUGACCAAUCCAAAUUUAUAAGUGAAAGUUACCUGGUUCGUUGGGGAAGUAAUGGGAUGCCAAAGGAAAUUGAAAAGCUUAAUAACCUUCAGGCUGUCUUUACGGACCUUAGCAGUUCUGACCUGAUCCGACCUCGCAUCAGCUUGGUGUGUCAGAUUGUGAGAGUGGGUCACAUGGAGCUGAAAGAGGGCAAAAAACACACCUGUGGCCUCCGGAGACCAUUUGGAGUGGCAGUAAUGGACAUUACGGACAUCAUCCAUGGAAAAGUGGAUGAUGAAGAGAAGCAACAUUUUAUACCUUUUCAGCAGAUUGCCAUGGAAACCUACAUCAGACAGAGGCAGUUAAUCAUGGCGCCUUUAAUAACUUCUCAUGUGAUUGGAGAGAAUGAGCCCCUCACAUCAGUCUUCAACAAAGUCAUUGCUGCCAAGGAAGUGAAUCACAAAGGGCAAGGCCUUUGGGUUUCUCUGAAGCUUCUGCCUGGGGAUUUAGCUCAGGUUCAGAAAGACUUUUCUCAUCUCAUUGACAGAUCGACAGCAGUGGCUCGCAAAAUGGGAUUCCCAGAGAUCAUUCUGCCUGGUGAAGUUCGGAAUGAUAUUUACGUCACUCUGAUGCAUGGGGAGUUUGACAAAGGUAAAAAGAAGACUCCCAAGAAUGUAGAGGUCACAAUGUCUGUCCAUGAUGAAGAUGGCAAUCUCUUAGAGAAAGCUAUCCAUCCAGGUGCUGGUUACGAAGGUAUCUCAGAGUACAAAUCAGUUGUCUACUAUCAAGUCAAGCAGCCCUGCUGGUACGAAACUGUCAAGGUAUCCAUAGAAAUAAAAGAAGUCAGCCGUUAUCACUUAAGAUUUACUUUUCGCCACCGAUCAUCACAAGAAUCACGAGAUAAAUCUGAAAGAGCUUUCGGAAUGGCCUUUGUGAAGCUGAUGAAUGCAGACGGUACCACUCUACAGGAUGGCAGACAUAACUUAAUAGUCUACAAGGGUGAGAACAAGAAAAUGGAAGAUGCUAAGUUUUACUUGACGCUUCCUGCCACAAAGGAGGAAAUGGAGGACUGGGAGAUUGUUCCAGCUAAGCCACAAGUGACCAACUUUACCCCAAACAAAGAGAGUACUAAGGAUAGCUUUCAGAUUGCGACACUCAUCUGCUCUACAAAGCUGACCCAGAAUGUUGACCUGCUAGGUUUGCUGAACUGGCGUUCAAAUUCCCAGAACAUCGGACACAACCUCAAGAAGCUGAUGGAGGUGGAAGGGGGAGAAAUUGUCAAGUUCUUGCAAGAUACCCUUGAUGCACUUUUCAGCAUAAUGAUGGAGAUGUCCGACAAUGAAUCCUAUGAUUUCCUUGUGUUUGAUGCACUGGUAUUUAUUAUUUCCUUGAUUGGGGACAUCAAGUUUCAGCAUUUCAAUCCUGUACUGGAAACAUACAUUUACAAGCACUUCAGCGCUACCCUAGCCUAUGUAAAACUUACCAAAGUUCUGAACUACUACGUUGGAAACGCAGAUGACUCCAGCAAGACAGAGUUGCUCUUUGCCGCCCUGAAAGCCCUGAAGUAUUUGUUCCGGUUCAUAGUUCAGUCUAGGGUGCUGUACCUCGGAUUUUAUGGAAAAAGUGAAGAUGGAGAUGAGUUUAACAAUGCAAUCCGCAAGCUGUUCCUGUCUUUUAAUAUCCUCAUGGAUCGACCUUUGGAGGAGGCUGUUAAGAUCAAGGGUGCUGCCUUGAAGUAUUUACCCAGUAUCAUCAAUGACGUCAAGCUGGUUUUUGAUCCCGCUGAACUCAGUGUUCUCUUUAGCAAAUUCAUCCAAAGCAUCCCAGAUAACCAACUCGUCCGUCAGAAGCUCAACUGCAUGACAAAGAUUGUCGACAGUGAUCUGUUCCGUCAAGCUGAAUGCCGGGAUGUCCUCCUGCCCCUCCUUGUAGACCAGUUAAGUGGGCAGCUGGAUGAUAAUUCCACCAAACCCGAUCAUGAAGCCUGUUCACAACUUCUUAGCAAUAUUCUGGAGGUCUUGGACCGAAAGGAUGUGGGUCCGACUACAGCUCACAUCCAGUUGAUUAUGGAGCGGCUGCUGAGGAGAAUAAACCGAACGGUCAUUGGAAUGAGCAGACAGUCGCCUCACAUGGGUAGUUUUGUAGCCUGCAUGACAGCCAUCUUGAGACAAAUGGAGGACUCCCAUUACAACCACUACAUCAACACCUUCAAAACCAGACAAGACCUUAUUGAUUUCUUGAUGGAAACUUUUAUCAUGUUCAAGGAUCUGAUUGGAAAGAACGUCUAUGCAAGUGACUGGAUGGUGAUGAACAUGAUGCAGUGCAGGAUCUUUCUCCGAGCCAUAAACCAAUACGCCUCUGUGCUCAACCGAUUCUUCCUGGACCAGGCCAGCUUUGAGCUGCAGCUAUGGAAUAAUUAUUUUCACUUGGCUGUUGCAUUUCUGACCCACGAUUCCCUCCAACUGGAGACCUUUUCCCAGGCUAAAAGGAGCAAGAUAGUCAAGAAAUAUGGGGACAUGAGGAAGGACAUUGGCUUCCAGAUCAGGGACAUGUGGUAUAACCUGGGGCCUCACAAGAUCAAAUUCAUCCCUUCAAUGGUAGGCCCCAUCCUGGAGGUGACGUUGACCCCAGAGCCAGAACUGCGGAAGGCGACCAUCCCCAUCUUUUUUGACAUGAUGCAGUGUGAAUUCAACUUCAGCAGUAGCAGGGACUUUCAUACGUUUGAAGAUGAGCUGAUAACUAAAUUAGAUCAGGAAGUGGAAGGGGGUCGAGGCGAUGAACAGUACAAGAUUUUGCUGGAGAAACUCUUGCUGGAACACUGUAGGAAGCACAAAUAUCUUUCAAGCUCUGGGGAAGUGUUUGUCCUGUUGGUUAGCAGCCUGCUGGAAAAUCUCUUGGAUUACCGGGCCACCAUGCACGACGGGAGCAAAGAAAACCGAAUGAGUUGCACUGUCAAUGUUCUGAAUUUUUAUAAAGAAAAGAAGAGAGAAGAUAUAUACAUCAGGUACUUGUAUAAACUCCGGGACUUGCACACAGGCUCCGAAAACUAUACUGAGGCAGCAUACACACUCCUUCUUCAUGCGGAGUUACUCCAGUGGUCGGAUAAGCCGUGCACUCCCCAUCUGCUCCAGAGGGACAGCUACUGUGUGUACUCACAGCUGGAGCUCAAGGAGAAACUGUAUCAAGAGAUCAUUGCUUUCUUGGACAAAGGCAAAAUGUGGGAGAAAGCCAUCCAGCUGAGCAAGGAGCUGGCCGAUAUGUAUGAAAACAAAGUGUUUGAUUACGAAGGGCUUGGCAAUGUCCUGAAAACACGAGCCACAUUUUAUGAGAACAUCAUGAAGGCAAUGAGGCCUCAACCAGAAUAUUUUGCAGUCGGGUAUUUUGGCCACGGGUUUCCCUCCUUCCUCCGUAACAAGAUCUUUAUUUAUCGUGGCAAGGAGUAUGAGAGGAGGGAAGACUUCAACCUAAAAUUACUAACCCUAUUUCCAAAUGCAGAGAAGCUAAGCAGCACUGCUCCACCAACAGAAGAGACCAAAGCUUCUUCCAAGCAGUAUGUGCAGUGCUUCAUCGUGAAACCUGUCAUGAACCUUCCACCAAACUUCAAGGACAAGCCUGUUCCAGAGCAGAUUCUAAACUUUUAUAGAUCCAAUGAAGUGCAGCGUUUCCAGUAUUCCCGGCCCUUCAGGAAAGGAGAAAAAGACCCUGAGAAUGAAUUUGCGACCAUGUGGAUCGAGAGAACCACCUACACAACUGCCUAUUCAUUCCCAGGCAUCCUCAAGUGGUUCGAAGUGAAACAAGUUACAGUGGAGGAAAUCAGCCCAUUGGAGAAUGCCAUAGAAACCAUGGAGCUGACCAAUGAGAAAAUCAGCAACUGUGUCCAACAGCAUGCCUGGGACCGUUCCCUGCCGGUGCACCCCCUCUCUAUGCUACUGAAUGGCAUUGUGGAUCCAGCUGUCAUGGGAGGAUAUACUAACUAUGAGAAGGUCAGCUGUCUCCUUGACAUCCUCAGUAAAAUGUUAAUUGAUGUUUGUCACACACACACACACAGUUCCAUGCCUUUGCUAGCGGAAGGGAUUAGGAUACAUGGAAAGAAGCUGACAGAACAACUGAAGCCUCUUCAUGACCGACUGACCUCCUGCUUCAAGGAGCUGAGGGAGAAAAUGGAGAAACGAUACGGUGUCAUAACCCUGCCUUCUUCACUGACAGAGAGAAAACAGAGCCGGUCGGGGUCCAUGGUUUUGCCUUACAUCAUGUCCUCUACUCUGCGGAGGCUCUCGGUGACCUCGGUGACUUCCUCUGUGGGAUCGACAUCCUCUACCUCAUCAGAGAGCACUUCCUCCAGGCCUGGAUCAGAUGGGUCUGUUCUUGAGCCACUCGUAGAAAAGGGUUCGGUGUCCUUCAGGCUGGAAGACGUCCCUGCCAAAGAUGACAAUGGGACCCCAACGAAUAGAUUCAGGCGGAAGGACCGGAGCCUCAGCCGAUCUCAGGUUAUUGCAGGCAAGGAGCCAGAGGUUGAUCUCACACCCAAAACGAAUGCAUCAGGAAAAGCACCCAGACCAAAGAGUCUCCAGCUGGGGGAGAGCAGACUCUCAUUGCUUCAGAACACGUCACUCCAGCAAGCCACAAUUCUGAGCCCACCGCCAAUCACUCCCAAAACGCCAAGAACCCAAAGUUUCCCUUCAUUGCAGACUGAUGGGUUAGCAACCCCUAAUUUGCAGAGCACUCCACCCCCACCGCCCCCUAAAUGCAAACCCUAUGAGAAUAGCAACUCCAGGAACUCUGGAGAGGUCGCUCCUCCCCUGCCGACCAGACGGGAAGUCAAGCCUCCCCCUCCUCCUCCGAAGGCAAGGAAAUCCAGUGUCCUUUCUUUAGACCCGGCGUUGCAGUAAGAACUCCAUGGCAGGGAACCCCCCCUUGACUCUUAACUUGUCUGCUGCCCAGGUAUCGCCAUGCGCAUUAUUUGGCCAGAGGUUUCCUCUUGUUGAACAGAUGAAUGGCUGUGCUUUCCUGUUGCCUCCUCUUAGGCCAUGCCAAAAUAAGCCAUGCAAGCUGAGACGAAGCUUCUGUGUUCCAUUUCCAAGCUUCCAAUGUUUUACCUACUUGUAUGCCAAGACGCCAAGCAUUCUAACAUUUGGAUCUUCUCCCAUAUCUGAGCUUCUGCGUGCCCAGCUGGCUCAAAUGGUACCAGAACCCCACCGUUACAUCUACUAGGAAUUCCAAUGCUCAGGAAAGAGUGGUUAUGCAGAAGUUCUCCCCCCACGGAAAGUCUGUGGAGCCUUCAGAAGACCCUGCAUCCUCAUUAGGAAUGCAUUUCAUUGCAUAGAAGCUCCAGUUCUUUCCAGCCUGAAUAUGAAGAAGUUGACCACCUUGGUGUAGAGUCUUCCAAAAGGAACCAUUCCUCGCCCACUGCACUGGCCACAUUGAUUGCAUACCGCUGUUUCCAGCAUAGAAAUGACCAUGUUUCUUUCUAUGUUUUCAUGAUGAAGAGGAAGAAAAAAGGUGUUGCCAUUAAAUAUAUGGGUACGAAUCACGUUAAAUCCAGACCCGAGCUUUUAUCAAUGAAGCAUUCAAAUCCUUGAGCGUCAAUGAGCAGAUCUGUCCAGUGUUGUCAUUUUCAAAUAUCUCAAGUUCAUCCCAGAUAUGAAGGAACUGGCAAUUUUGGGUACAUGCAUAUAUAUAUAUAUAUAAAUAUAAAGAACUAAAAUAGAAUUUGCCGUCUUCCUUCAUGGUCACUCAUGUCGGGCAUCACAGGUUUUGAGUUGUCAACCGUAAGCUGUGAGGCUGGGCCCUCCUUUGAGAAACAACCAUUGACUGUAUAAUUACACAUUCAGGCUUCUUCAAGUCAGCAGACCCAUGUCUACAUGCAGCCUUGCUCUCCAUGAAUGGUCAAGAAGAAGAGGUAUUAAGGUUAAACAUUGAUGCCCAGUUUUAUGGAGUGGAUAGAGUGAUGGACUAGGACUCAGGAGGCCUGGGUUCGGAUCCGAUCACCAUAGAAGCUCACCGUGAGUCACCCGUAAAAGCUUUAUUUAGGGCUGAUUUGACAACAGAACGAUUUUGUUCAGGAAGCCUGUGUUGGAAAGUUUUAAUUCAAAUACAGCUGGCAAAAGCUUGGGUAUGGUCCAGGACAAGUUCAAUCAACCAUGGUUGUGGCUUCCGUCUGUGUCAGAUGCUUUGCUGUGUCAAGAACCUGAAGCAUCUACCAAAUGAUGCCUUCGCAUCUCUUGAUGAACAGAAGGGCAGUAGUCCUAGAUCCAGACCAACUGUGCCCAGAAUCUCUCAGCACCUUUCUCUCAAGUACUGUCAUUUUUGCCAUUGGUUCCUCAUUGGUUUUCUUCUUGCACCCAAACAGGGCUACGUCCACUACUAUCACUCCUUUUCUUU